AUGCUAGCAUUGACUGGCAUCUCAGUCAUCGCGGCUUUUCCUCUCCUCCUUUUGGACUUCAAAUGCUUGCACUUGCGGCCUAUCUGGAAACACGCUCGUCAGAUCAAGCUCGAGUUCUCACCAAAUGACCUUUCUGGCGUCGAUAUCAUUGUCGUCAUGGCCGUCUUCCUCUGGAGGUCUCUCAGAUACUCGAUCCUUUCGACUUGCAUGCGCAUCUCUGAGGAGCCAAAGUCCCCAAGCGGUGACGAACUGUCACUGGUCAUGCCAUUUCGAGUGACACGAACAGACCUUGACGCAUAUUCAAGGGCGAUCCGGGACCAACCAGUCACAGCGAAUGUUGAGUUGGUGGGCUUACAGUUGCUUCUCUUCCUAUCGGCUCUCAGUGAACCAGCCAUGCUGCUGCUCCUGGCCCACCCGGCGUGCAGAGUGCGGCCGCUAGGUGCCGUCAACGCUUUGACAUGUUUGAAUGGAGCUUUCCUGACGGCGAGGCUCUCAAAGGAUUUCCGCACCGUCAGACGCGGGUUCGAGGUCGACCUCGUGUUUGCGAAAGUACGUGGAGAAGUAGCAACUGCUGCACAGCGACAUGAAGCUCACAAUGGGAAAGCUACACCAGUCUGGGCGGAUUCGACAUCACUCACCGUCAAGUACGAUGAUCCAGCAUCCUGGGCAAGGCUCUGCAAGGAUUACAACCCGAUACACACAUCAGCUCUCGCUGCAAAGCUUUUUGGUUUCCCAGGCAAACUGGCUCACGGCAAUCAUGUCGGCGCUUUGGCUGCAAAAUACAUUACUAGUACAACGAGUCAAAAUGACCCGUUGUUCAUGGAGAUUACGUUCAAGCGGCCGGUGGUUGUCCCUGCGCAAUUGGAUCUCAGAGUCUCUUCUGAUGUGGGUGUGACGCGGUUUCAGAUUCUUAGCAAGAAUAAAGUCAGCAUCGAAGGAACAGUUGGCCAGCUCAAAUAG